AUGUCCGAUGGAAGAGUAAUCAAAGAAGGAGAAGUCGCGCAUUACAUUGAGGUAUUUGCAUACCACCGUGCCGAGUAGGUUUUUGCAGGAAUGUCGGUCCUUCCGCGAGUCGUCUGACUGAAACAGGCGACGGGCACUGUGAGAAAGUGAAGUUUGCUUUGCACAGUAAAAACGCCAAAAAUCACUCCGGCGACUUCAUGGACGAACUGUCAGUCUGUCGGGAAAAUAAUAGGCACUCUGUCGCAUCCAAAGUCGCAUCGCCGCGGAGAAAGUGAAUGACAAAAACAAACUGCUUUUCACGGAAAAAAUCCUUUUUCUGGCCCCGCGCUUUGCAGCUUGCGCCCUGGUUUCCCUGCAGACUGCGAAUAAAAAUAGGAAACAGCCUAAUCGCUAAACUAAGCCUAAGGCUACGCCUAACCUGAUAUUCCUUGCAACCGGAAUUGUUCGGGCGCAAACUGCAAAACCUUCGCCGGGGCCAGAAAAAGGAAGUUUUACACUUUUCACUUCAGCGACGCGAUUCGUCCAGUGCUCAUUAUUUUCCCCAUAAACUGCUAUUAUUAGGUGCUAUUUUGUAGUACUAGCAAAGUUAUGGCCAAAAAUUUGUCUUUUUUGAGCGUCCCACUCUUGUGACUUUGAAACUUUUAAAUCGACACAGUUUCAGGCAAGAUGACAGAAUACAGUUUGCAAUAACCAGUAAGUUUGUUGAUGCUUUUUUGGUGGCCUUGCGGGCAGUUUUUGGUAAAAACCCGGUUUUUGUGACAAGGAAAGUACUUCUGUGUUAUCGAAUUAGAGACAUACAUUGAAGACUUUGCAAUUUUUUUCUGAUUCAGAAUAUCUAGAAAUUAACUGUGGAAUUUUGGUUUGUAAGGGUGAAAAAGUCCUCAGAACUUUUCUCGCAAUACCACGCAAAUACUUUAUGUCUCGACCUGUAACUCCAUACCCCAUAGAAAACUUUCCUUGUGAAUAAAGUUCAAGGACCGAAAAAAGUUGCAACUUUUUCGUUUUGAUGUCAUCGAAUUUAUUUGCAGCUUUCAACGAGCCCCUUGAAAUCAUUGCCCAUGUGAAGGGUCGCGUCGAUGAAAACAUGACAAUUAUUCCGGAAUUUAGAUUGUCGCCACUCGGAGAUGCCUUUCAAAUCCAUUCCUUUGUCAGAUUCGCAGCAAAAGCGACCCAAAUCAUAUCGGAAAAUAAAUAGUAGGUUUGGGGGGUACAAAAAAUUUGGGGGAAACAUUGUCCUGUGCGGAAAUUAUUGGGAAUUUCGCACAGUGUAGAAGUUAUAUCAGCUUCAAAAUUUGUACGGUGCAAAAAUUUAAAUAUGUUUUUCGCACUGUGCAAAAAAUAUUAAUUUUCGCACCGUGCAAAAAAAUAUUUUAAUUUUCGCACUGUGCAAAAAAAUAUAUUUAAAUUUUUGCACUGGGCAAAAAAAAAAUGUUUUAAUUUUCGCACUGUGCAAAAAAAUAUAUUUAAAUUUUUGCACUGUGCAAAAAAAAAAUAUUUUAAUUUUCGCACUGUGCAAAAAAAUUUAUUUUAAUCUUUGCACUGUGCAAAAAAAAUAUUUUAAUUUUUGCACCGUGCAAAAAAAUAGGGGCUUUGGUAGUUCAGCCCCCCACGAAAGGUAGUUCAAACCCCCACUGUUUUGUCCAUUUCACACCCCCAUAAUUAAAAAAUUAUAAUAAUACAAAAAAUGCAAAUUAGAGUAAAAUGACCCACGGCGUUUUAGCUCAAACCCCCAGUUACCGUCCAAAUUCGUUCUUGUGGUUCAGGCAACGAUGAUCGUAGCCGAGAGAACCCAAUCCCGAGUAGGCGCUUCAGAUUAGAGGGGGUUUAUACUGGGUCAAGGGGGGCUGAACUGAACUGGGGGUUGUACUACCUUAGCCCCAAAAAAUAUAUUUCAAUUUUCGCACUGUGCAAAAAAAUUUAAUUUUACCGUAAUAUUUUUUCAAUUCUCGAAAAAAAAUUUCUGGUUUAUUUCAGCGAGCCCUCAAUUGCGACAAACCUUGAAAACACCCCCGAUUUCCAACAAUCCUUCACCUACCGGAAUCUGGUCUUCAAACGCGGCCGGUUGUUCACGUCGCAACAAAUGCAAAGCAGCUCCAACCCCAAGCCUUUCGUCUUCUCAAUUGACGAGAAUGAAGCGUUCCCUGGCUAUUUCCCCGAAAACAACACCCUGCUCACGAUUUUCGGGCAUUGUUUUGAAAGCAAUGUGGUGAGUUUUGCAUAAUAUUUUGAACUGGAAUGGGAAAAUGAAAAGUGUUUGAACAGUAUUACAGUGAGGGACAUGAGCCAAUGGCAAAACACGUACCAUUUUGCAUCCAGGAAGUAUCACAAAAUGUAGCAAAAUACCUCCAUCUCCAACUAAUAAACUCACAGGGGAAGUACUGCAAGUGCGACGCUCAGAUUUUGAUGAAACUUGGCACAAAUUUAAAACAAUUUUUUCUAAGAUAUAUGCGAGAAUCCUAUCUCGCGCUUUGCAGAAACAACCGAGAUUUUUAGAUCGAAAGGCGGCCAAAAUUUAGGACUUUUUGCCGAAUUUCGUCACGAAAAGUUUCAUGCCUAUUUCUACCGUAAAAGAUAAUGUUUCUACAAAAAAUCUAAAUUUUCCGCACAAAGCUGCCAAAGUUAUGGCUAAAAAGCGCUUUUCUCUCUGACCGCUCUCCACGUUUAGCGUGCUUUCUCGGCGGCAAAAAUCAUACGAUAUCUCGGCGGCACCCUCAAAGCGCGAGCUAAAACUUUCAGGAAUUGAUAUUUCGUCCAUGCCCGACGUGUGCGCAAAAUUUAAAGAAAAUCUGAGCGUCGCACUUGGAGUACUUGCCCUGUCAGUUGUGAAGGGCGCGCGCUUUCCCUCACAAAAAGAGCAGGCGCGCUUUUGAUUUAUUCUCAUUUUUUCAGACCUGUGGAAUCGACCGAGACACUGGAAUUCUCGAAAUGUUCAACCAAUCCGGGCUAAAUCAGACCUCCUACAUGUAUCGAGCCUUCAACUUCUCGGUUCCAUGGGAAUGCGGCGAACGUUUCUGCAUUUUUACCAAUUUGAUGACGUCAGUUUUCUUUCUUUAUUUUAUUUUUUUUCAGGGGUGAACACUACGAAAUUCCCUCCGAUUUGCGGACCUUUUCCGGCGAGCAUAAAGGCCGAAGACUGGCUUUGGUACCCUUGUUGACAAUCGAGUCCCCACUUGUUAUCGACCAGUUGAAUUUACAAGGAAGUUCGUCGCCAAAUCCGGGAAACGCGUGGAAUUUUGUGGUUGCUGUGGGAUUGGUUUUGGGUUUUCUUUGA